AUGGCAAAGAAAACUUACGAUCUUCUUUUUAAACUGUUGCUGAUAGGAGACUCCGGUGUUGGGAAAACCUGCAUAUUAUUUCGUUUUUCGGAUGACGCUUUCACGUCCACGUUUAUAUCAACUAUUGGAAUCGACUUCAAAAUCAAAACCGUUGAAUUGAGGGGAAAGAAGAUAAAAUUGCAAAUCUGGGAUACAGCAGGUCAAGAGCGUUUUCAUACAAUCACUACAUCAUAUUAUCGUGGUGCCAUGGGGAUCAUGCUAGUCUAUGAUAUUACAAAUGAAAAAAGUUUCGAAAAUAUAGUAAAAUGGCUACGGAACAUAGAUGAACAUGCUAACGAAGAUGUUGAGAAGAUGAUAUUGGGCAAUAAAUGUGACAUGGCCGAUAAGCGGGUUGUGAGCAAAGAACGUGGGGAAGCAAUCGCCAGAGAACACGGUAUACGUUUUAUGGAGACCUCAGCCAAAUCAAAUAUAAAUAUUGAACGGGCGUUUUGUGAAUUAGCCGAGGCUAUACUGGAUAAAACUGCAGGGCGAGAGUCAGCCGAAAAUCCGGAACGUGUCGUAGUUGAUCGUAGAAACAACGAAAAAGCUCCUGCAUAUAAAAGUUGUUGUUCUUAA